ACAAUCACAGUGUUCUGACGUCGCAUGCUCGCGAUCUACGUUCCGCGCACGCAUGUUUCGUUUCGUCUGAACGAAAAGUUAAUUUUUAUUUAAAAAAAAAAAAAGACAAAUCAGUAAAAAUGAUAACUAUGCUUACGAAUUCGAAAAUUCUGUGGGCGCUUUGGCAAGUGAUGAACUAUUGUGUAUCUCGUACGUCGGUGAUGCUAAUCAUUGUAACCUGCACGGCGUUGUUGUUGACUCAAUUCCUGAAGCUAGUACGUGACAUUCGCAAGCUGCCCCCGGGACCGUGGGGACCACCCGUCGUCGGCUACCUACCUUUUCUCGGAGUCCGGCACAAGACGUUCCUUCAAUUGGCCAGAAAUUAUGGAGCCCUCUUCUCUGCGCGACUCGGAAACCAACUGACCAUCGUUAUGAGUGACUACAAAAUUAUCAGAGAAGCCUUCCGACGCGAAGAAUUCACCGGUCGUCCCAGCACUCCCUUAAUGCAUACUUUAGAUGGUCUUGGCAUCAUCAAUAGCGAGGGCCGCCUCUGGAAAAAUCAACGACGGUUCUUGCACGAAAAACUACGGGAGUUCGGCAUGACUUACAUGGGAAACGGCAAAAAACUAAUGGAGGAUAGAAUCAAGAAUGAAAUCCACGAGCUGAUUGUAAGCCUGCAUCGAGCGCAAGGCGCACCUAUUGACGUAAAUCCUCUCCUUGCGCUGUGCGUGUCCAACGUUAUCUGCGGUAUCACGAUGUCGGUCCGUUUUAGUAACGGCGAUGUACGCUUCGAGAGACUCAAUCAUCUUAUCGAAGAAGGAAUGAGACUUUUCGGAGAAGUUCACUACGGAGAAUACAUUCCUCUGUACAAUUAUCUACCUGGAAAAGCUCUAGCUCAAGAAAAGGUCGCAAAAAAUCGCGAUGAAAUGUUCGCGUUCUAUCAAACAUUGAUAGACGAGCAUCGCGAAACUCUCGACAUCAAUAAUGCCAGAGACCUUAUCGAUGUCUACUUAAUUGAAAUCGAGAAGGCGAAGAGCGAAGGCAGGGCCGGCGAACUCUUCGAAGGAAGAGAUCAUGAAUUACAAUUAAAACAAAUACUUGGAGAUCUUUUCUCUGCUGGUAUGGAAACCAUAAAGUCGUCGCUUCUGUGGAUGAUAGUAUUCAUGUUGCGAAACCCAGACGUGAAAAGGCGUGUACAAGAAGAACUCGAUGCGGUCAUUGGCCGAGAACGUCUCCCUUCUAUUGACGACAUAUCUAGUCUUCCAUACACCGAAACUACAAUUUUGGAAACGUUAAGAUUAUCAAGCAUUGUUCCUUUGGCAACCACACAUUCUCCGACUAGGGAUGUGCAAAUCAACGGCUAUAAGAUUCCGGCGGGUUCUCAGGUUAUACCACUUAUUAACUGCGUGCACAUGGAUCCGAAUCUCUGGGAUGAACCAAACAAAUUCAAUCCUAGUAGAUUCAUCGACGCGACCGGCAAGAUAAGACGUCCGGAAUAUUUCAUGCCAUUCGGGGUCGGCCGAAGAAUGUGUUUGGGCGACGUAUUGGCCCGCAAAGAGAUGUUCAUGUUCUUUUCGUGUAUGAUGCACCAAUUCGACUUGGAAAUGGCUGAAGGUGACGCAUUACCUUCGCUGGAGGGCAUAGUAGGUGCUACAAUUGCACCGAAAGCUUUUCGUGUGAAAUUUUUGGCUCGUUCACCAGUACCCUUAGUACCGACUACGCUCUCUGCAGAUAGCUCUCAUCUUCGUCAUGUCGGCUCACAUUAACUGCGCACCGUGCCUCUCUGCCACACACCCACCAGUAUUGAAGUGAUCCACUCGUUUUAGAGCGUAUCGACGACCAUUUAUUUUAGUCUUUUAUUAUAUAAGUGUCGACAUCGCAGUUGCGAUCGUCAAGGCUGUGCAUAAAGUGUUCAAUUAUUAAUAAACCAACCGUUUUAGAUGUAUCAUUAAUAUCCCAUCGUUGAGAUUUGGAUGAAAUGUAUGCGAUUUACAGUAUUAGGAUAUUUUUUUGUAGAUUAUGAAAAAAGUUGGAUUUUGCGAAAAUCACACAUACCACACGCAUUAAUUUAAGUAACUACGUGUAAGUUCUAGUACCUAUACCAAAAUAAAAUGUAUAAUUCUAGGUCAUUAUUUAUUUGUAAGUGUGACUUGUGAGUGUUGUUUGAUGAGUGUGUGAUCUCAUGCGUGUUACGUUAUGUUAAGUAAGUUUAUAUUUAAGAUUUACAAGUGUUCAUGUAUAACAGUUCUAGUAGAUACGUACAUAUUGAUGUUUAAGUCACAUUCCAGAUAAAGUAACAACCAACUACUAGUCUAAAGCUAUAAUGUCGCUAAACAAAUAACUUUAGUGUUCAGUUGACUCUGUGAAAUCCAUUAGCUCAGCAACCAAGUUGCUCUGAACUGAAAUUUGGAUGGUUAAGUCACUUCUAUAAGCAGCUCACCGUUAUUUUAUAGGUUCUCUUAGAAUUAAUUUAGGAAUUAUCGCCUAGACGAUACCGCUUGUAAAUAUCGCUGGUUUUCCAUUUAUUAUAAUGUUUAAUUGUGCGUAAAAUAAUGGUGAAAUAUUUCAUGAAA